AUGGAUGAUAGCUUGUGGAGUUUGUGUCCUGUACAGGACAUUGAUACGGUCUUAACCAAUAGAUACAGCGGCGAUGCAAACGAUACGAUUUCGGUACUCUACUGUGGUCUUUAUUUGAGACAGUUCAAGGAAUCAUUGAAGCAGAUCAUGCUUGACCAAGAAUCUGUCUUUGAAGAUCAGAUCCAUGAGCUUCAUCGUCUGUAUCGAAAGCAGAAAGAUCUGAUGAUGGAAAUGGGAGAAACCAACAACUUAUGUAGCCAACCGCGACAUUUGUUACUUAAUGCCGGGGACUCUAGUCCUAGAGCCGGGAUACACUGGAUGAGUUCAAGUAUCUCCACAUCCAAAACUAGAGUUUUGCCACCAAAAGAAGACGGAUCUGCCAAGAUCGAUGAAGCUGGAAUUUCUGGAGAUGAGAGUGACAAGUACAGAGAGAAGGUCUUGGAUCUUGAAUUACCGUCUUACGGUUAUCUUGAUAUAGGGGAAGAGGAAGAAGGUUCAAAGAAUGGAGAAGUUCAUGAAUCCGUUUUCCAGCUGGAAAAUGUGCGGCAUUUAACCGGUUUUUCGAGGUCCAAAUGUAUACUUGACUUGAAUGAACCUGCCAAGAUCGAGGAACAUUCAGAUUAUGAGCCUAAUCAUUUCCUGAGUCCAGUCCAAACAAGGAGUGAAAGAGCAGAAUCAGAAGCACAAGACCGACCUAUAUCUACAAAAAGUCAAGUUGAGAAUGGAAUCAACUUGAAUAUGUCUCCCCUUUCAUCUGAAGAAGUAACCACUUUCAAGAAGAUAGAAUCUGAGCAACUCCGAGAGUUUCUUGCAGUUUCAUCGCAUGGAAAACACAUAACAGGACCAUCACGAUCAAUAGUUCUAGCGCUCCCCUGUUCGAAAGGCAUUUCACUCUUCAACAAACGUUCCUCAUGGCCUAGGAAGAAAGGAAAACGUGGAGCAAAGUCCACCACUCUGGAAACUUUUCCUCGCAGAAAAGCGUGGAAAGGCUCAAAUGUUGACUCGAGCGUUGGUGUUAAUGAGGAUGAUAACCAUUCACUGAGUACUGCUUCGUACAUCCCCGAAUCUGACCAUAAUCAAGAGCAUCUGGAGAAAGGGAGUAAAAAAAGUUCUCUGCCUGAGGUUAAAUCUGCUAGAAAUUGGACCAAUACAAGAAAGAGAAGACAUUGUAAACAACCACACAUAGAAUCGGGAAAGGUUAUGAGAAAAAAUGCAAGAACCAAAUUAAAGACCAGAGGGAGCUUUCUUGUUACAGAGAAAGAAGAUGAAAAAAGCUCUGCAGCAGCAGAGGCUGUAGUUGAUAUGUCACUAUCAGAUUCAGCUGGAAAGUCCAGCAUCGAAACCUCUGAUUGUAUCAAUCCUCUGCUUUGGUUCGCUAAGUUCGCUUCUUCGGUAGUUGAAGACACAAGGAGUGAAUUUGGAUUAUCCGUGACUGGAUUCCACUCUGAUUAUUACCAAACAGACUAUUUUGAGGCAAUGACAUUGCAGCUAACAGAGAUGAAGCCAGAGGAGCAAAGAACACACACUUUGGUCUCUAACAUUGUUUCUGCUAAACAGAAUAGGACCCGGCGCAGUCAAGGAAAGCGACAACAACAACAACACGAAGAUCACCACGAGGAGAAUCUCCCGAGCCUAAGCACUUUUACAGGAAACGAAGCCUCUCAGGAUGUACAAAAGAUAGAAAGGCUAAUCGAAGCUUCUGAAACGAACGAUGCUCACUCCAGCUUGAUGGAAAAUACAGUGAUAAUCGAUUGGGGAACCAUAAGAAAACGAAGAAGAGGCAUCAGAAUUCCUGCUACUAAGACCAAAAAUUCAAUAGCUUUCUUGCAGCUUCCUUUUUAA